UCCUGGCUUCCAUUUCUGUUUUCUCCAUUGUUAGUGCAGAUGAAAAAGGACAUUCUUCAUGCUCACAUGUGAAUGGACGCACCAUAUGUUGUUGCGUAAAACCACAGCAUGGUUAAGUGUAUGGUACAGGCGCGCUGGUAUUGGUUUCACGUGGUCUGUAAAACUGAAAGUGACUCUCCCACUGAGUAUUUUUUUAGGGUGCACUUUUGUCCACUCAGCGAUGUGACUUCCCAUUUCAAGCCUUAUAUUGUGUAGAUCCCACUCUGCGUGGAUCGUGCGCCUGCGUGUCCGCGUACAGCUGUUCGAACCAUGGACUCACACUCGACGUUUACCCGAAAAAUAAGUGCAAAGCGUCUGUAAAGUUCGGCUGUUGGAUCCGCUGGAGGAGCAACAAGAUGACGGACUGAAGGGGGAGAAGCUCCAGGGGCUCUGCGGAGAAGUUUUCCCGGGAAAAGUGCGCGUCUUGUCCGGAUCAGAACCACCGUGGUACCCACACUGUCUGUGGAUCCAGUUGUGGUAUCAUCUUCUGGGUUGGAUGUCCUACAGUCAGAAGACCAGUCACCAUGGAAACAGUCACCCUAAACCCUGAAGCACACAACCAGUCGAUGGUAUACAUUGCUAUCUUCAACUCCAGCUGUCGAUUCAAUGAGGAGUUUAAAUACAUCCUCCUGCCUGUGUCCUACAGUCUAGUGUUUGUUUUUGGAUUUGUGCUUAAUACUACAGCCCUGUGGAUGUUUCUAAAGAUGCGACCGUGGAACCCCAGUACAGUGUACAUGUUCCACCUCGCCCUGUCGGACUUCCUUUACGUUGUCUCUCUGCCCACUCUCAUUUACUACUACGCCAACCGCAACCAUUGGCCCUUUGGAGUGGCCGCCUGCAAAAUAGUGCGUUUUCUGUUUUAUGCAAACCUCUACUGCAGCAUCCUCUUCCUCACCUGCAUCAGUGUCCAUCGUUACAUUGGUAUCUGCCAUCCCAUCAAGGCGCUGACCCUUGUGAAAUCCCGUCAUGCCCACCUGGUGUGUGGCCUGGUGUGGGCUGUGGUCACUGUGUGUCUGGUACCCAACCUCAUCUUUGUCACCACCUCCAGGAGGGACAACGACACACUGUGCCACGACACAACCAGCCAGGAUGCCUUCGAGGAGUACGUGGACUACAGCUCUGUUGUCAUGGUGCUCCUGUUUGGCGUCCCUUUCAUGGUCAUCAUGGUUUGUUACUGCCUCAUGGCGAGGACAUUGUGCAGACCCAGACGUGGAUUAUCCACAGGCCGACAGGGCGCCGCCUCUCGUCAGAAGUCAAUCAAACUCAUCAUAGUGGUGCUGGUAGUGUUUGCUGUCAGCUUUGUUCCAUUUCACAUCACACGGACGCUUUACUACACGUCCCGCGUCCUGAACCUUAACUGUGAAUUCCUCAACAUUGUCAACUUCACUUACAAGAUCACCAGACCACUGGCCAGUGUCAACAGCUGUAUUGACCCCAUUCUGUAUUUCCUGGCUGGGGACCACUACCGCUCUAAACUGAUGUCUGUUCUGACGGGAAAGAGACAAAUGACAAGCAGCCAAGCACCAGAACAGCCGCAAAUACAGCCAAACAGUAACCAUGACAUUGCUCUGGUUUAUAAAAACUCACAUGUGAAAGACAGAGAGGACGUGGAACGAUAGACGGAACAUCUCUCUGGGACACAGAGUUUUACAGUCUUUGUAAUCUAGUGUGAAUCAAAGAUUACUGAUUAAAUAGACAAGUGUUGCUGAUGUUUUAUAAGCACCUGUAUGACUUCUCUACUUGCACUGACAGAUUAGGAAUAGAUCCAGUUUACUGUAACAUUUAUAAUGUCAUGAAAUGUUCCUUGCUUAUAUGUAACAGACCCACAAACAGUGUAUGAAAUCCCCAAUCUAUCCUCAGAACAGUGUUUAGAGGUCAAAGUUCAAGUGACUCUUACUGAGAAAUCCAUGUUCUUUCUUUGUUUCUUCUUUUGUAGAGGAAAUGUUACCGUACAAAUGAAACAUGAACUGAACUUUCAGUGAAAAUAGGAAGAGUAAUAACUGAGUCAUUUGAGGAAAUGGCCUCAAGUUGUCCUGGGCUUCUCAAAAACCCAUAGAUGAUUUUGCAAGUGAAUUAUCGUCCAACAUAUUCAACUUAAUACUUGACAAAGGAUGACAGAUAGUCUUGGUUUAGUCUCAUAAAAUCAGACAGUUAUGAGGCAAUCCUUCCUGCUUCACCAACAAUAUUUAUGUGUUACCCAGGAACUGCAGCUACAGUCAGUACGGCCCCUGAUCCCAGCUGUUUUUGUCCUUCACGUUUCACAACCGCCUUUUGCUCAACAAGGGAGGAAAGCAGCCGCACUGAUCUGAUGCAUUUUCCCCAUGCCUCAUUGGAGGGAUUUUUCAUUCUUACCUCUGGGAUUGAUAUGUGGGUCAGUAAUCUGAGUCCUUGAUAUUUUUGCAGGAUGUGAAAACAAUAUUGGAAAGUUUUAUUUCUAUCCUCCUUUGUAAUGUAUGAGUCUAUUCUACAGCAGAUGUGCAUUCACGGAGCAUGAUGUCACUGGUAUUCAAAUACCAGUAGGCAUCCUAAACUGUUUCUACAUCAGUAUAGAUAAACCAUGACUGUAGUUACAAUAACUUUCACUAUAUUUACUGUAAGUCACAUAUCCUGUAAAUUAGUGACUUGAACAGAUCAAAACUAUUCAUAUAAAUAAGAUCUUUACGCUCUUUGACAUCAGAAACUGCAGUUGCUAAAUAGAUAACCUAACCUAAUAACCCUAACCCUAAGCAUAGGUGUAAUAAAGGGAAGUGAAAGUAGUUUAUGUCACUACAACAACAUCUGUUUUCUUUGGUAAUGUGUCAUUGGUCACUCAGAUUCUGAGAAAACUGGAAAUGCCAGAGGCCAAGAAAGACAAACUGAAACAACCACAUUUAUUAUAUGAAACUGUCUAAACUAUAAUAAAAUAACACAAGCUCCUUUUGAUGAAGGAUGUAAGAAACUAAAUGUAGUAAUGAUAAAUUGGAUCAUAUAAACGCUUCUUCAUUCAAGUUUUAUCAAUUUAAAUCUCAUCUAUUUUCCUGUAAAACAUUUUAUAAUAAAACUCUUCCAGAGUGACUAAUAUUUUAUAUAUUAUUUAGAUUUGGUCAAAUCUUCAUAGCACCUGAUGUGAAAUUACAAACCUAAAAUGUGACUCUACAACCCUCAUUUAUAUAAAAAUGUGAAAUAAAACGAAGUGUACCACAGGUAUGAAAUUGUAGAAUGAAAAUCUGUACAUGGAUUAAACAUUUCCCCACUGCAAAUAAACUGAAUAAUAUGUUUAGUCAA